GGCGGCUCUGGAGGACAGAACAUGGCCAGGGAACCUGACAAGGCACUGACACCAGCGACCCUGGUGGUGCUGGCCACCCUGGGCACAGCUGCGAUCGCGACCACGAACCCCGGCAUCGUGGCCAGGAUCACCCAGAAAGGCCUGGACUACGCCUGCCAGCAAGGAGUGGCCGUGCUGCAGAAGGAGCUGGAGAAGAUCACCAUCCCCACGUUCUCAGGAAGCUUCAAGAUCAAGCAUCUUGGGAAAGGGCAUUAUAGCUUCUACAGCAUGGCUAUCCGCGGAUUCCAGCUUCCCAGUUCCCAGAUAAAACUAGCUCCCAGUGAGGGCCUCGAUCUCUCCAUCGCAAACGCCAAUGUCAAGAUUAGUGGAAAAUGGAAGGCACGAAAGAACUUCAUCAAAACCAGCGGCAACUUUGACCUGAGUGUGGAGGGCGUCUCCAUCUCGGCCGUUCUGAAGCUGGGCUUUGACCCCGCCUCCGGCCACUGCACCGUCUCCUGUCCCAGAUGCAACAACCACAUCAACGGUGUCCGUGUGCACAUCUCAGGCAGCAGCCUGGGGUGGCUGAUCAACCUCUUCCACGAAAAAAUGGAAUCUUCGCUCCGAAACAGGAUGACCAGCGAGAUCUGCAAGGUGGUGACCAGUUCCGUGUCCUCCAAACUGCAACAGUAUUUAGAGACACUGCCAGUGACAACUCGAAUAGAUCAUGUCGCUGGGAUCAAUUACUCACUGGUGGCACCUCCAACAGCCACGACUGACAACCUGGAUGGGCAGCUGAAGGGGGAGUUUUUCAGGUGGGCCCACCCCAGUCCCCCUCCCUUUGCCCCUCCGCCACUGGCCUUUCCCAGCGACCACGACCGCAUGGUGUACCUGGGCAUCUCCAACUACUUCUUCAACACAGCGGGAUUCGUGUACCAACAGGCCGGGGUCCUGAACCUGACCGUCACAGACAACAUGAUACCAAAGGAAUCCAAAGUCCGACUGACAACCGAAGUUUUUGGAAUCCUCAUACCCCAGGUGGCCAAGAUGUUCCCCAACAUGAAGGUGCAGCUCGUCUUCUGGGCCUCCUCCCCGCCGCACCUCACCAUGCACCCCGAAGGCCUUGUCCUCACCCCUACCCUGGAUGCCCAGGCCUUUGCUGUCCUCCCGAACUCCUCCUUGGCCCCCCUGUUCAUGCUUCGCCUGAGCAUGAACAUUUCUGUGAUGGUCGGAGCCACGCCUGACAGGCUUGUGGGACAGCUCAGGUUGAACAGGCUGCUCCUAGAACUGAAGCACUCAGACAUCGGCCCCUUCUCGGUUGAAGUGCUGCAGGCUGUCAUGAACUAUGUCGUACCCAUUGCUGUGAUUCCCAAGGUCAACGAGCGGCUGCAAGAAGGCUUCCCUCUCCCGAUGCCCAAAAACGUCCAGCUCUUCAAUCUGGUGCUUCAGUCUCACCAGAAUUUCCUGCUGUUCGGUGCAGAUGUUCGCUACGGCUGAAGUGGCCGUGGGCGCCAGGAGGGGAGAGGUUGUCCGCACCUGCUCCUGACGUGCCCGUGGGGCAGAGGCUGCCUUUCUCCAGCCCUUGCACCAGAGGCCCUUGCAAAUUUCUCGGAACUCAGAUUCGGAAAUGACCUCCAUACAGGAACUGUGUUCCUUGAGAAAGCGUGGGAUGUGUAUUUCAGGGAUUAUGAGCGUCCUGCGAGGCCUGAGUCCCCCCUCCCCGCCCCCCAAAAAGCACUGCUUUCUCUGUGGAAUUCUGUGUGAUG